GUCUCUCUCCUAGCUGCCUCACUUAGUGGGAGAUAUAGAUGCUGGAUGGGAUGCACAUGAGGUACAGUUAAUAUGCAGUCAAAUCACAGAAAACAUUGUUAUAUUUAUUCCAACAAUUCAGGGUAACAGACAAGAAUGAAUAUGAAAAACACUGGAGAAUUUCUUAACGUAUUCGAAUUCUUGCCUGUGGAGAAGUAAUUAGGUGCAUAUACAACCACAUAAUUGUGUCUGCAGAUCAGUAUAAUUUCAUGUGAACUCCCAUAAGCAUCAUGAGAAGGGACAGUUAAUUUUGGAUUUGCAUCAAUAUAGAUAAAAUACUACUUGAUCUUUUAGCCUAGACUUUGGAAAUAGAUUCUUAAAACAGAUGAACAUAGGUGAAGGGGAAAAAAUGAGAGGAAGCAAAUAAUAAGACAUUCUUAACUGUAGAGAACAAAUUGAAGGUUGCUGAAAGGCACGUAGGCAGGGGAUGGGCUAAACGUGAGAUGGGUUAUUAAGGAGGGCAUUUGUAGUGAUGAGUAUUAGGAGUUAUAUGUAAAUGAUGAAUCAUUAAGUUCUACUACCAAAUCGAAUAUCAAAAACUUAAUUCUUCAUAUACUUGCUUUGCUAAAUGAAAGCAGUUUGACUGUUCAUGGAAAGAAGAUGAGGUAUCUUCUGGAAAAUGCUAACUUAUACUUAGGUAUGAAAUAAUCAACAAACUUUUUAAAAAUUUGAUCAAAAAUUGGUGAAAAUGAUAUUUAAUACUGAAAGAGAUGCCUGUCUAAUGGAUUAUGUUACAUGCUCUAAAGGAUAUGAAUCAGCAAUGAUACUGUGACUAUUCUGUUAAGAAUACUUAAGAUAACUAAUUUAUUAUUGAGAGCUUAGCAAAGCUGGAUGAAAUAUUAAGUGCUUUAAAUGCAUUAUAUUUUAUAUAUUUUAAUUCCCAGUUCAGAUUAGUAUAAACUAGGUAGCCAGAUAGGAAGUAACUUCUUAAAGGUCAUAGUUUGUAAAUUUGAGAGCCAGGAGUAAUUUCAUAUUUCAGUGACUUUGAGCACAUUGACUGAAUUAUGAAAUUACAUUUAUUUCAUUUAUUAGAAUUCCUUAUACGACUAAAGUUUCUCUACUGCCUUUCACAUUCUUAGGUUUUUCUGGAAGUGUACCAACAGUGUUCUUCCAUAAAUGAACUACACUUUUAUCUAUCAUUUUAUAGUUUUCACAUCUUUUUUAUUUUUUUAAGAUUUUAUUUAUUUACUUGAGAGAGAGACAGUGAGAGAGAGCAUGAAUGAGGAGAAGGUCAGAGAGAGAAGCAGACUCCCCAUGGAGCUGGGAGUCCGAUGCGGGACUCGAUCCCGGUACUCCAGGAUCAUGACCUGAGCCGAAGGCAGUCGUCCAACCAACUGAGCCACCCAGGCGUCCCAUAGUUUUCACAUCUUUAUCAUAAACUCAGUUGUCAUUUUCUGGUGUUAAAUAAGUACUUUUAAAAAAUAGUUUUUGGUGUUUUUGAUUUCAUUAUUGUUCAGGGUUUGAAUAAAUUUAUUGUGUCAUGUAACAUUUUUCAACUUAUAAAAGAUUCAUUAGAUAUUAAUGAUUCCUCCAAACUCCACAAUUACUCAAAGUAAAAGACCACUUGAUAGCACUACAUGACAUUUUAAUAAAGAAACCCGAGCCUUAAAUAAAAGUAAUUUACUCCAGGAAAUUCCUAUAUGUGUUAAAACUAAUAUUCCCUAAUCUGGGGACCUAAUUUUUUAAACCAAUAAUGCAUUUAAAACUUGUCAAAAAAAAUUGGUGCAGCAUUUUCUUUCUACUACAGCAUUUUAAUAUUAACCCAGUUAUCUAAUAAUAUUGACAUGUUCUGUGGAAUCUGGCCUUACAUUAAUAAGGACAAUAUUCCUGACCUCUUUUCUUCUUCACUAAUUUGAUGCUUUACAGGUUUCCCAUCAAUACUAUGGUGUCAAACAGAGAAUAUCAUUAUAAAAACCACUUAUUCUAUCAUAAAGCACUUCUUUAAAGCUAUAAGGAAGGUAGUACCAGAUUUUACAUUGUUCAAUUGCAAAUGAGUACUCUCACUCACCCCACACUCCACCCACUGUGACUGUCCCAGCAAUCUUGUCAUUGCAUACACUAUUCAUCAAGACCUUCAGUACAGUCCCAGCCCUGUGCCUGACAGGACGCAGCUGCAGAGAUGAAUAACCAAGGAGUUACCUAUGCAGAACUCAGUCAGGUUAAGGGUUCAAGAAGACAGCAAGUGAAAGCUAAGGGCACUAAAAGUCCCAUUUCAGGAACUGAGCAGGAAAUAACCUACGUAGAAUUAAAUCUUCAAGAUGUUUCUCGGGAUCUUCAAGGGAGUGGCAAGAACUGCCAGUGGAAAGGGAAGCUCAUUGCUGACAUUCUGGGAAUCACCUGCCUUGUCUUGAUGUCCACUGUGGUCACAAUAGCUGUUAUUCAUUUUACUACAGGACCAGUGCAGAACAAGGCGUCUGUGGAAAUAACGACCCAGAAAGCUUAUCAUUGUGGUGACUGUCCAAAAGAGUGGAUUACAUAUUCCAAAACUUGCUACUACAUUAGCACUGAAAGAAAACCAUGGAAUGAGAGUCGGUUGUCCUGUGCUUCUAAGAGCUCUACCCUGCUCUCCAUAGAGGAUGAAGAGGAAAUGUAUUUGUUCAGCCUCCUCAUUCAUUCUUUAUGGAUUAGUAGAGAUUCCCAGAACAUCAGUAUUAAUUCAUCUGUGUGGCCAAAAGUUUCCACCUCCUUUCCUAAAGUGUCAUCGAUUUCUUCAGAGAGUGACAACUGUCCCUUUUUCAACUCUGUCUCAAAGAAAACUCUUUUUGACUCCUGCUUGUAUCAAAAAAUAUAUGUUUGUAAGACCCGGGCAUUUUAGUUACCUAAUAUUGGUAUCUAUUUCACCAGCUAUAAAGCUAUCUCACAUCUGUAAAGAAUGUAUUUGUCAUUUCUUCAAAAGUCAUAAAAUUAUUUUUUAAGGAUUUUAUUUAUUUAUUUGACAGACAGAGAACACAAGUAGGCAGAGGGACAGAGAGAGAGGAAGGGAAGCAGGCUCCCUGAUGAGCAAAGAGCCUGGGAUCAUGACCUGAGCUGAAGACAGAGGAUUUAACCCACUGAGCCACGCAGGCACCCCAAAAGCCAUAUAAUUAUUAUCUCAUAAUAUAUUUCAGAUAUAACUUUUAGAGCAAUUUUAGGUUCACAACAAAUUAAGAAGAAGGUACAGAAAUUUCCUCUAUUACCCCUGAAUACACAAGUACAUGGCUGCACCAGUUAUCAGCAUCACUUACUAGAAUGGUCUAUUACUGAAGGUCCCACCAAGUUGGCUAAAGAGUGGGGGACUCCAAUUCAACCAGUCUCCUAAAUUUAGCUAGGAAUCUGUCAAGCCACUCUGGACACCCAUAAAAUCAAUCUGAGAUGUAAGAUUAUACACAUCUGUAUUUCUGUGGGGACUGAAGAUCAUCCGGGGAGAUGUACAAAAGAUGGAGUUGGGUUUGCACAGACAGAUGUUGCAGGACAAACAGAAAGGGGAGAGAGCCAAAAGAAACCAACCAUUGGAAAUUAAUACCCCAGGUGAAAAGUGCCCUGUGCUCAGGGACCAGGGAUACCUUGGAGAUGGGUGGCUGCAAGACAGGAAGUGACUGAUAACAGUGUUUAAAAAGAACAAAGGGGCUUAAGGGACAAUUGCAGGGACCAGGUCACCAUCGGUGUGGACACAUGGACCAGCCACAACCACUGCCCACCUGUGCCUGAGAGGACUCACUGGGGAUUUGAGUCAGCGGUCCCUGGGACUUGGCAGCUACUGCUGCCCCCAGCGUCACCUCCACCACCAGAUGCCUCUAUAGCUGAGAGGACCCAACUUGGUCUGGAGACCAUGGUCUGAGAGUAGCAGCCACCAGGGUUGGGCUCACCCGAACUGGUAUUACUCAUGGUUUUGGUGGCACGGGGAUACAGAGACAAGUGGGGAUAUCAAGGAAACCACUGAGAGGGUCGCUGGGAAUGCACACCCCCUGUGGGAGGCUGCAGUAUUCAAUGGGGUUUGCAGAGGGCUGUCUAUGUUCCAGAUGAUUCAGAGAGGAACAGAGGGUAAUUUCUCCCUGAGGCAGAGGUCUGGGUGUGGACAGUUUACUUUGCUCUGACCCUGACACCAGAGAAGAAAAGCCUCCUUGAACAAAAGCCUGGAAAACCAGUUUCCAUAGAGCCCAGUCCCAUGAUAGGGGCCAGGUCUACUCCACCCAAGCAGGAUUAAUAGAAAAACAACACAGCAGAUCCCUCCACCAGAAAACAAGCUGAAAGAACAGGAGGGCAACAACCACAGACUCUCCAUAAAACUACAAAAACCCCAACACCAGGGGAAAAUAGUAUAUAAAGCUCCUGAUAUUGCUUCACAGCCUGUAUAUUUCUGACAUAUAGCUUUUAUCUCUCUUUAAUUCUUUCUCAUGAUUCCUGCUCUUUGCUAUUGUUUUGUUUUGUUCUAACCUACUUACCGUUUCAACUAGAUGUUUAAUUAAUAUGAAAUACUGUAAUGUUUUAACUUGAAUGUUUUAUAUGUAUACUUGUUUAUUUUUCUUUUA